GUGAGACGUCGCCUGGUUGCCCCCCUCAUUCCUUGGUUCAACGGCAGCACAGCCGCCCGCCCGCCCGAUGAAGAAGGGCCGGAGGCCGAGUCUCAGAGGCUCGGGGACCGUGAGCGGUUGCCGGAGAGCGGCAGAACCUGAAUCCAAGAAAAAGAAGAAAUUGGUAGCUAUCCAUCAGGCUCUCAAUGUUGACCCAGUGGACGUGGAAACUCUCCGGCAGGCUGCCAUUAGUGAGGGUGGGCUCCUGACCGACGAGAUCCGCAGGAAGGUCUGGCCAAAGCUGCUGAAUGUAAAUGUUUACAAAUUACCUCCAAAACCAGGUAAGGAUAUAAGGGAAGGCCACAAAGAUUACAACCAGGUGCUCAUGGAUGUGCAGCGGUCACUGCGUAGGUUUCCACAAGGCAUGAGUUCAGAGGAACGUGGAGUUCUGCAGGAGCAACUGAUCAACGUCAUCCUCUACGUCUUACAGAGGAACCUACAGCUUCACUAUUAUCAGGGCUAUCAUGACAUUGUUGUGACGUUCCUCCUGGUUGUUGGUGAAAGGAUGGCCAUUGCACUCAUGGAGAUACUGUCUUCCCAUCAUCUCAGGGAUUUUAUGGAUCCCACAAUGGACAGCACGAAGCACAUUCUAAACUACCUAAUGCCAAUUCUGCAGCGGGUGAACCCACAGCUCCACAACUUCUUGCAGAGGGCUGAGGUUGGCACCAUAUUUGCCCUGAGCUGGCUGAUCACCUGGUAUGGUCACGUCCUCUCCAAGUUUCGCCAUACCGUCAGGCUGUACGACUUCUUUCUGGCAAGUCACCCGUUGAUGCCAGUCUACGUUGCGGCAGCGAUUGUACUACACAGGGAGGAAGAAGUAAUGAAAUGUGACUGUGACAUGGCCAGUGUCCAUCAAUUACUGUCCAAGAUACCGCAGGACCUUCCUUACGAGACACUGAUCAUCAAAGCAGAGGAGCUAUUUUCCCACCAUCCACCCCCUGAGCUUGCAAAACAAGCAGCACUGCAGCUACGCAAAAGCAUCGCCAUCAGCACCUUCCAGGACUUCCAGGUGGCCACAUCUCGGCAGCGUCCUGAUGCAGUGCUCCGCGAACAGUUCAAGGAGAAGCCUUGCCCGCCCCCUGCCAAUGCAGCUCCACCAGUGGGGGCCAACCAGCUGGUCAAGAUGGCAGUGUGGGGACUGACAGCAACCCUGGGAGCAGCUGCUUUGGCUGUGGUCAACACAGCAGUGGAGUGGGCCCCAGAGUUUGUUUUUCAACUGUUUCCAUAGCGAGUGACUAAGGCAGCGGGAACACGUGGCCUGUAAUAUGCUGCAUUGGGAAACAUCUCUCAGCUGAAACGCGGCGAUUGGAAUAAAGAGCCCAGUGGUGCACUGUGCCAAAAACCCGUUCAAGGGAGCAAUUAAUGAAGUCUUCACAUUAACUAUCUCCAACAUGCUCCAAAAUAGGAGGGACACUGGAGGACCAGCCACAAACUCUGCCAACCCUCUGCCUGGCAGCCGCCUCUCCAUUUCUGUUCUGCCAGUUGUAUAGCCAAGGACAACUUAAAGAAAUUAGCAAACAGUAAGCACUUAAUGAAUGCACGUCCAUUUCCUUACACUGCGGACACUGAGUGGAAGUAAGGCCUUGUGAAUUUGCACAUGGUUAGAUGGAAACCUGGUGUCACUCAAGUGAUGGGAGACGAACUUUUAAUGAGUUAGCUGCUCACUGGGGAAUUCCCAGCCUCUAACCUGAGCAGUAAUGAAAAUUUCAAUUGUCACAACAAGACCAGACCUUUGGAUGGUGGGAGUUCAGAAUUUUCACUGUUUUGCAUUUGAGAAAGUGCUUCCCAAUUUUCCCUUAAAUGUUUAUGU